GGAGGCGGGCGUUCCAAAGGUUCCACAGAACGUAACGUUGCACGUCUCGAGACCGGGAACCAGGCUGUGCACGUUCACUUCAAACUGCACUCUUCAACAUUUCACAGUCCAAAAGUGUUGCUAUCAUGCCUGCCAAAAAGACAACCACCAAGAGAAAGUCUGCUGCUAUUGUGGAAGAUGAUAAAGACUCCAAAAAGGUGAAAGUUUCACACAGGAGUCAUUUCAAAGAGGCGGGGCAGGUUGUUGUUUUGGGCCAAGGUGAUGUUGGACAGUUGGGUUUAGGGGAAGAUGUCAUUGAAAGGAAGAAGCCAGCACUUCUGUCCCUGCCAGAGAAAAUUGUUCAGGUGACAGCUGGAGGCAUGCACACCGUGUGCCUCGGCGAAACUGGAAAUAUUUAUACGUUUGGCUGUAAUGACGAAGGGGCUCUUGGUCGGGACACAUCAGAGGAGGGGUCUGAGAUGAUCCCGGGAAAGGUGACGCUGAAUGAGAAGGUGGUCCAGGUAUCGGCAGGGGACAGCCACACAGCUGCACUCACAGAGGAUGGAUCGGUGUACAUCUGGGGCUCUUUCAGGGAUAAUAAUGGAGUUAUUGGUCUUCUGGAGCCGAUGAAAACGUGUGCUCUACCAGUUAAAGUCCCUUUAACAGAACACUUUGUUAAAAUAGUUUCAGGUAAUGAUCACGUGGUAAUGGUGACGCUGGAAGGAAAUCUAUACACGUCUGGCUCAGCUGAGCAGGGGCAGCUGGGAAGAGUGCCUGAACACUUUUCAAACAGAGGAGGCAGGAAAGGCCUUGAGCGGCUGCUGGUUCCACAGAUGGUAAAAGUGAAAGGUAAAGUUCACUUCGUUGACGCCUUCUGUGGAGCGUACGUCACCUUUGCUGUGUCAAAGGAGGGCCAUGUGUAUGGAUUUGGCCUCUCAAACUAUCACCAGCUGGGCACCAAAAGCACCAAGAUGUGUUUUGUCCCUGUAAAGCUUACAUGUUUCAAGAACUCGACCACCGCCUGGGUAGACUUCUCUGGAGGACAGCAUCACACACUUUGCCUUGAUGCUGAAGGGCAGGUAUAUAGCCUGGGAAGAGCAGAGUAUGGUCGUCUUGGUCUGGGAGAAGGGGCUGAAGAGAAGAGCGAGCCCACACCUGUGAUGGGGAUAGAGCUGGCUAAAGGAGUGUCGUGCGGGGCGUCUGUCAGCUAUGCAGUUACCAGAGAAGGAUCUGUGUAUGCCUGGGGCAUGGGCACCAACCUGCAGCUUGGCACUGGAGAGGAAGAUGAUGAGUGGAGUCCUGUGAAGAUGACAGGCAAACAGCUGGAGAACCGUGAAGUACUGAUGGCCUCCAGUGGAGGGCAGCACACCGUCCUUUUGGUCAAAGACAAGCAGGAGAGCUGAUGUCCUGCACUGACAGAGAGUGAAGGGGGCGCUUCAAGGUGGGGCCAGGGUGCCUAAAUCAGGGGAAGGGUGUUGAUGAAUGUGACUUCCUAUGCUGAGCCGAGGGAGUGUGAGACGUGCGUGAUAGAGGGGAGAGGUGAGGUUUGUCCUCUUUUAUGGAAGCUCCUGUGCCCUUGGCAUUGGGGAAUGUGUUGUGAUGUUUUUGGUAGAUCAUGACAAAUGAAAGACUAUUUUUUUUAAAGCUAGUUUUUGACAGUCCUUUAAAGUCUUUUCAUCUGGUCAUUUGUAUGACUCUAAGAUGUUAUAUGUGAUGUUUAUGACUGUGCAUGUACAUAAAGGAAACGGCAGUGCAGGAUGUUUAAGGAAAUAUAAAUUGUCUUUUUAAUGUUUUCAUUAAAGCAAUAAGUAGAUUAGAUCUUUGUCAGACAGGACCUGUACGCCUGGUGAGUUUAACAUGUGCGACUACUGUUCGUUCUACCCAGUGCACACAAAUUUGUUGUAACUGUUUGGACAUUUGGUAACACAUCAUACUGUAUCCUGUAUUUUGUUGCAUUUCCUGUCUGAAAAAUAAAGCUGAUUUCUUUUUUAAGGAAAAUACAAGACACAUUUACUUCAUUUCAUUUACUGUGUAUUAAUAAGAUCCUGGUUACAGCUUUUUGAUAGUAAACCCUUGCUGCUUUUCUUUAACUGUAAAAAGAACAUUUGUCUGUGUGCGUGUGUGUGUUUGUGCUACAGAAAAGGCAAAUAGAGGCCCACUCACUGAGCUGUUUAUUGUUGAAUACUCGUGCAACACAAUGAAGGAAACAUUGCUAAGAGAUUUUAGUCCAUGUUGACAUGACAGCAUCACACAGUUACUGCAGAUUUAUAAAUUGUACAUUCAUGAUGAGAAUCUUGCUUUUCCAAUGCAUCCCAAUGUUGCUUUACUGGAUUGAGAUCUGGUGACUGUGGAGGCCAUUCAAGUACAGUGAACUCAAGCAGUCUUCAGCAGAUGGAUACGCGAUAUAAAAUGUUCCCCACACCAUUACAGCACCACCAGCAGCCUGAAUUGAUGAUACAAGGCAGGAUGGAUCUAUGUUUUCAUGUCGCUACGAGUUACUGUUGCCUUUCUAUCACCUUGUAGCAGUCUGGCCUUUCUCCUCUGACUUCAUCAAGGUAUUUUUUCCCCGAGAACUGCUGCUCAUA